GCUCUGUUGUCACUAAGGGAGGGAGAGGGUGGGAGAGCAGAGAGAGAAGGUUAGGGUCCCAGAAGUGAAAAAGAGGGAUGGCCAUACACACCACUGCUCUACACUGCCUUACCGUGUGGGUUAUUCUAUUGGCUUCCACAUAGGAUGCAUCAUAUCAAGGAAAUACAAGCAUGAGCAGUCGUCAGUGUGUAGUGGAGGGUACUGAGGCUAGCAAUGGAGUGGUGUAUGACAACAAACACUAACAGACCCACUCAGAUGGCCAGCAGCGCGGGACCAGCCAGCAGCAGAAAGUGUAACGUGUGUCCCCGCUUCCACCAACACUGAGUGGACUCAGUCCUCUAAUCUUUACCAGGGAGCAGGGCGGCAGAAUGCUCAGUCCUGUCACCCCUCACAGUCUGUUGAAAAUGCACUGGUCUCCGGAGCACAUGGCCCCCCUGUCCCAGUGGCCUGAGCAGCACCUAGAUGUGUCCUCCACAACCUCCCCUCCCUCCGUCCACAAACACGAUCCCUACGCCACCGCAGGUCGCUGCGGUUACACCCCUGCAGCCGGCUACCCCUGGGCCAGUGAUGACAUCUCGGCCCUCACUGCCUCCUCCUUGUUAAAACACUAUGCCGAGAAGUACACAGGCCUGGAGUUGCCCUACGAGAGACCUGCCCCAGGGGCAUACUCAGAGCCUGGGUCUUUCCUGAAGACCGAGGCUGAGCCCUGGUCCCUGGGGCAGGGAAUGGAGUGUUACUCUGGGCUGGAGGCCCUGGGUGCAGGGGCCAAAGUGGGCUCAGUAUCAGUGGGCCUCACUGGCACGGGCAGUGUGACGGUAGUGAGCAGUAACUUGACCUCUGAUCCCGGAUAUAGCAGCAGUGGCUCCUGUAAUGGCCCCCCCUCUCAGGACUACCCACCCUCCUACAACAGCAGCUACCUCUCCUCUGGAUACUACCCCCAGACAGGCUCAGCACUUCCUCCAGCCUCUCUACACUCUCUGCAUACCACCCCCACCUUGGUGACCAGCUACAACCUUAACAAUCCAGUCUACAACUACCUGCCAGGCUGCUACCCCCACCCCCAAACCAGCCUGGCAUCUGGCUACAGCCACCCCAGUGCCUCCUACCUCCCCUCUGGGCUGAGCACCUCCACCUCCUUGACACCCCGGUCCACCGUGGUGGGGAGCAGCUUUGGACACUCCAGUCACAGCCUACGGGCCGGCUCUGAAACAGGAGGGCCACUGAAACGCAAGGCCUUUGAGAUGGUGGAAGAGGGGGAGGAGGGAGAAGGAGAGGGGGAUGGCUCGCAGUACAGGAAGUAUGGCAACGUCCAUGGAAAUGGCCACAGCAAGAACCACGGCAAUGACUACGCCAUGGCGGGCUCAGAAGGCCAGGCCUACAAGCCUGGCAAGCAACUGGUGUUGCCUCCUUAUGGUGGGCAGAGGGAGUACUGCCCCUCAGGCCUAGGUGGGGAGAGCAGGGGAGGAGGGGAACACGGCUUUCCCCAUCAGAGGCUGGCCAUGAAGACGCCUGCGUCACGUGCACGAUCUGAGGACCCCACUGGAGGACGCUAGGUCAGGCACUUGAGAAGACAGCUCUCUGGGGGUCCCUCCGUUGUAUUGGCAUUUGAAAACCAAGUAGAGUACUUACUCAGCCAAUAACUGGGGGAAAACAAUCGUUGGAUAUUGCAAAGAAAGGUCAUGUGAUCUAACCAGUCAGGAGAGAAAAUGGCAAAUGACUUGUAUCCUCCUCUUACAUCUUUACAAUUUGAAUUAUUUGAUUUUCUCCAAAGAGUCAAGGGGCACUUUGUCCUGUAGGGGUGUGGGUUGGAUGUGGGUGUUGGUGGUAUGGGGAGGGAGGGUUCUACAUUGCCUGAUUUAGCACUGUCUGUCUGAAUGGAUUACCUACUGCUUCUCUCAGGAUCCAAUUUAUUUUUCAAUCUGCCACUAUGGCAGAAAGUGUUUUUUUGAUGAGUUGCUCUCUUAAUUAGAGUGGCCGCUUGAUAUGAAAAGGGCCUUUGACUGCAAUACCCCCUCAAGCACCAUAAGAAUCAUAUCCUCUCAAACCAAAAUGUAGAGAAGAACAUUCUUGUGGUGUAUUUUAAUAACUUGACACCUCCAGCACAAUCACGUCUCUUCUGAGGCUUGGUGCCUCCAUAUACCUCGCUUGGAAACAAAUGUCCCCCCUCUCACCCAUUCCCUUUUUCCCGGUUUCUCAGUUCUCUCUUUUUUCUACCCAUCCUCUACCUUUCAUCACUACCUUAGCUCACUCUCCACGUUUUCCCUCCCAUGCUUGUUUUGUUUUGUUUCAGUCACUCUUUCUCUUUUUGUUAAUUUCACAUUCAAUCGCUCUCAUACAUCUAAUCUCAUUACGGAGUGCUACAUGCAGUUUUAUCAAUACAUUCAGAUACGUAAACCUGCUGAAAGAGAGAAAUGGUUAAGUAGAAACAUACUUGAGAGAGUGAGCUGGAGAGUGAAUGCACAUUUUAACACAGCAUCUUAUAAGCAGUGCACUAUCAAACUAAUGCAUUUCCCAAAUGUGUCGUUUUCAUACA